AUGAAUCGACCUAACUCGCAUAACAGCAUCGAUGCUGAAGAAGAAAUUGUUAUCUCCGGCAUUGCUGGCCGAUUUCCUAAUAGCGACAAUUUAAAAGAGUUUCAAGAAAAUCUUUUUAACAAAGUGGAUCUUGGUUCAAACGAUCAUGGACGCUGGAAUAAUUCUUAUUAUAACAUGCCUCAUCGAAUCGGUCAAGUCAACAAUAUCGAGAAAUUUGAUUCAGAAUUUUUUAAUAUACCCGCUACGGAAGCUCAUAUAAUGAAGCCUAUGUCUAGAAUGUUAUUUGAACAUACUUACGAAGCAAUUAUCGAUGCGGGUGUAAACCCAAAAGAAUUACGAGGAACAAGAACGAGUGUUUUUACAGCACUUUCUACAUCUGAGACUCAAUCGUAUUUUUCUAGUAAACCUGAGCUUGCUAGAUUAUCUAUGAUUGGAAACAACAUUUCUUUCGUGGCAAACCACAUUUCUUAUUGGCUCGGCGUUACUGGACAAUCGCAUAACAUUGAUACUGCAUGUAGUUCAAGUAACGUUGCUAUAGUGAAAGCUUACGAGCUGAUUCGGUCCGGAGAGUGCGACGCGGCCAUUAUCGCUUCCGCUAAUCUAUGCCUACAUCCUCAUAUACAAUUUCAAUUUUACCAUCUAGCUUAA